AUGAUGAAGAAGGAGAGUGAAGAUUAUUUUCCCCGUGAAGAACACAAUCAUUUCCAAAGACGUUCAAAUGUUUUCCACGAAUUCAUGCCCUUAGCUGCUAUUUCAAUGGGAUUUUGGGUGAAGCUGUAUAAUGUGAUAUUCAAAAAGCCUAUGCUUAAAAAAGUACUGAAAUCUUACACUUCUAAAAACAGUCUUUCCGGCAUGGCACUGAGGCCUAGACCAGGGAUGGGACACACUCAGAGGUCUGGACUUCCACGAGGAUUCUUUAAGGUAGGAAUCCUGGAUAUUGACAUAUGUGGACCAUCACAGCCCCGUGUUUUAGGUGCAGAGGAAGAAAAAGUCCAUUCAUCUGGGGCAGGCUGGUCACCUGUUGUAGGAAUCCUGGAUAUUGACAUAUGUGGACCAUCACAGCCCCGUGUUUUAGGUGCAGAGGAAGAAAAAGUCCAUUCAUCUGGGGCAGGCUGGUCACCUGUUUACAUUGCAGAGAACCUUGCUGUGAUGUCAAUAGGCUUCCUUCUGAAUAGUGCAGAUGAUGCUGUCAUAUGGAGAGGACCUAAAAAGAAUGGGAUGAUCAAGCAGUUUUUGCGAGAUGUGGACUGGGAUUCUUUGGACUACCUAGUUGUUGACACCCCACCAGGGACAAGCGAUGAGCACCUCAGUAUUGUGCAGUACCUAUCAGCAUCCCCACCAGUUGCUGCUGUCAUUGUCACAACUCCACAGGAAGUUGCUCUCCUUGAUGUGCGAAAAGAAAUUACAUUCUGCAGAAAAGUGAACAUUCCAAUAAUUGGUAUAAUUGAAAACAUGACUACAUUUGUAUGCCCAAAAUGCAAGACAGAAACAGCAAUUUUCCCAGCAACAACUGGAGGAGGUACCCAGCUGGCUGUAGAAUCAGGUUUACCAUUGUUAGGACAACUACCAUUAGACCCCAGGAUUGCUCGUGCUUGUGAUCACGGACAGAAUUUCUUAACAGAGGAACCAGAUGCUCCUGCAGCUCUUGGGUACAAGGAAAUAGCAAAGAAAAUUAUUGCAUACUGCCAGUCACUGAGUUGAUAGAAAAUUAGAUGAAACAUACUGGAAGAAAACACCCUCAAGAAGAUUUAGGAUAUGAAGAGACCAUCUAAAGAUGUUUUUUUAUUUGCCAGUUAAUAGCAGUGAAAUAUAUAAAUAUGUUUAU